UAACACUUGACUUUCCGAUUUGUCUUGGAAGUCGACAUCCCAUUGCACCGAAAACUAAUAUUUAGUCGAUUCACGUCUUAAGGAGAAAAAACGACGGUCACCCCUUUGGGGCCUGUCUAUUUAUAGCGUCAGCUGUUGCGCUACAAAGAUCAGCGACUCUACGUAUUGUUUCGCAGACGUGGGCAGCGAACUCCCGUCUGUGGCGAAAGGGCGGCGGUGGUUUGAAGUCGGGAAAGAGGGAGAUGAGGAGGAACAUGUCGGCGUGAGGACGUCCCCGAAUUGUGCCCCCCGGCAGAGAAGCUCGUAUCGGCCAGGUGUGUCUCAUCAGCCACCCACCAGCCUGCUUCCCAACCUUUACCGCCACUGUCGAGGUAGCCAUGGCGACCAGCGCCGUGCCAAGUGACAACCUGCCAACAUACAAGCUGGUGGUGGUGGGGGAUGGUGGCGUUGGGAAGAGCGCCCUCACCAUCCAGUUUUUCCAGAAGAUCUUUGUGCCAGACUAUGAUCCCACGAUUGAGGACUCCUAUCUUAAACACACUGAAAUAGAUGGACAGUGGGCCAUACUGGAUGUGCUGGACACAGCCGGCCAGGAGGAGUUCAGUGCAAUGAGGGAGCAGUACAUGAGGACGGGAGACGGCUUCCUCAUCGUCUUCUCGGUUACAGACAAGGCCAGCUUCGAACACGUCGACCGAUUCCAUCAACUCAUACUUCGGGUCAAAGACAGGGAGGCCUUCCCUAUGGUGCUGGUCGCAAACAAAGUGGACUUGGUGCAUCUGAGAAAGGUCACAUCAGACCAGGGUCAAGAGAUGGCUGCAAAACAUAAUAUAACCUAUAUUGAAACCAGUGCCAAGGAUCCUCCAAUGAAUGUGGACAAAGCCUUUCAUGAGCUGGUCCGUGUUAUAAGACAACAAGUUCCAGAGCGAAACCAGAAGAAGAAAAAGAAGAUGAAAUGGAGAGCCGAGCGCUCCACGGGCUCUCACAGGUCCAAAAUAGAGUUUGAAAAUCACCUUUACCUGGAUGACUCGGACCAAAUGCUGAUAAUGAAGACAAUUAUGACCCUGGAUCAUAUGUGAGCUACAUGGAGCACUUUUCUUUCAAGAGGUAGCAUUUUGUUGUUUCUUUUUUUUUUUUGUUUUUUAAAAAAAUUAAAAUUAUGUAAUUGAUUUGUGUACUUCCUGAAUCUUUGUCAGUAUGUGAAGGGCCGUGUAAACUUUUAAGUUUGUACUACAAACGACAAUGAAGGAGAAAAAAAAAAAAGAAGUUUGGAGUUGUGUAAUGUUCAUCAUUUUUUUCGGCAGGUCUGUUGUGUUCUAACUGGCUGUGUCAGACUGAGGAGCUAGACGAGGCACAAACAAGCUGUGGCCUUUUUAUCUAGCCUCAGGGGUCGAUAAUAUUUCAAUAAAAAAAAAAAAAAUGCAAGUAUUGUGACUUCA